AUGUUAGCAGCGACUGUCUCUACCACGUGCAUCCAUCCAGCCCUCCCACUACCAAUCCAUAAUCCAUCGCAUUCGCGACGCGAGACAGCCCACUUGCCCUCUGCGCAGACCGAGUCAAGACUCGCCCAGGAGGGACCACACCUGAACCGCUAUCUGAUGGCGUCGACGUAUGCGCUGCCCAUUGCUCCCACGUCACACGCCCACAGCCAUGAGCGCUCGCAGUCGCAGUACUCGCCCUACACGAAUGGCCCCCAUUCCUCGCCUCUGAGAGCGAACGGCCACCGACACCACCAGUCCGACAUGAGCGGGAACGGGCAAUUGCACGGCGCGGUGCGCUCGCCGUAUGCCGAGUACAAUGGCCACGCGCACGAACACAACCACACUCACAGCCACGACCGCUCCAACUCGAACGAUUCGUCGUGGACGCUGCAGCCGUUUGUCAACGGGAGGUCCAAGGGCCGGCCACGAGGGGAGGCUGAGAUAGGGCGGUCCCCACCACGAAAGAAUGCCGCCGCCAAGUACGGCUUCUCGCCCGUCUCGCCCAUCCAGGAGUCGGAGCAGCCCAUCCUGCCCGUGCUGUCGUCAUCAUGGCUGGAGCUGCCAGAAGCUCUCACUGCGCUGCUCAUACCCCUCCCGUUCCUCUUCGCGUCGCUCGCAUACCCGACCGUCAUCGGACGAAAUCAAAAGCUGCCCUCGACACUCUCUGAGGCGGUUGCUGACAGCGCGCCCGCCGUGGAGAGUCUAGCAGUCACGAGCCAUUCGCAGCUGCUACACGCGCUCACGCUCUCUUCGGCCACAUUGAUAUUGGUCGGCGUAAUAGCAAAGAUCAGCUCCAGCUUGCAGCCUCUGGACAGACGGAAAUCCGAUGCCACGCCCGGCACGUUCAACCUUAGCACGGCCCCCAAGCGCAUGGCAUACAAUGUGCUCAGCGUGCUGUUACCAUUCUAUGCAUCGAUGCAGCUCGGAGGCGCACGAGUGGCUCUGGCUUUGCUGACUGCUGUGGCCGCAGGUCUCGGUGCACUAGAUCGCAAGCCUGGGAAACACACGCCAUGGGAUGACUUCCGCCGGACGCUGAGGACACGCAAGAUAACCUGUGGAGCCGUUGCGCUUGCAAUGGUGGCCGAUAGUCUCGCUGUAGGCAGCGCCUCGCAUCCGUUGUUUGGCUACAGCUCUCUUCUGAUGUCCAUAUUCCUGGUUCCUCCACCACUGCCCACGGCCGGAUGGUCGCUCAUCAUGGGCAGUCAGGGCCAGACCUCCUAUGUUAGCCAGGGAUCUGGCAGGGCCUCUCUUCCCAAGCCCUAUUCGCCUCUCAUAAGCUCUUUCGAGGACACAGUCCUCACCAUUGCAUCUGGUCUCAGUCUAACCGUAGUUGCGCUCUUGUACUCGCUGGUUUCUUCUUCAUCUCCGUCCUUUUCUCACCACACCAUAGCUUACACUACACUUUCCAUUGCAUCAGCGACGGCGCUCGUUUUCCUUUCACUUCCAACCGCAUUACGCAGCCAAAAGCAUGUGGGCUUGGCGCUGGGUACUCUUCUUGUCGCUGCAGUUCAUUCCUGGGAACAAUAUUCUACGUCAACUGUCCUUUGGGUUGCAUUCCCGCUCGCAUGUGUCGGGCUUCUUGGAGCCGUCAUCGUUUUGAUCGAGAAAGACUCACGGCGGAUCGCUUACUUUGGAGUACUCAAUCUCUCCUUCAUGAUUGUCCAGUUCUUCUAUGGCUUUGUUAGCGGCUCACUAGGUCUUCUCACUGACAGCAUCCACAUGCUGUUCGACUGCGCAGGUCUCGCUGUUGGUCUGGCGGCAGCAGUGAUGAGCAAGUGGCGCCCGAAUGCGCGCUUCCCAUAUGGCUAUGGAAAGAUCGACACGCUGUCUGGAUUUGCCAACGGCGUGUUUCUACUCCUUGUCAGUGUUGAGAUCAUAUUCGAUGCAUUCGAGCGCCUCUGGGAAGGUCACGAGCUUCGGCGUCUUAAUGAGCUCUUAAUCGUCAGCAUCCUGGGCUUCCUCGUCAACAUUGUGGGUCUUACGGCAUUUGGACACGCUCACCACGGCCAUGGACAUGAUCAUGGACAUGAAGGACACGAUCACGGCCAUGGCCAUUCACACGACAACGAGAACAUGCAAGGCAUCUUCCUGCACAUCCUUGCUGAUGCUCUAGGCUCCGUAGCUGUCAUCAUCUCCACUCUUUUGACAAAGUACUACGGCUGGUCUGGUUGGGACCCAAUCGCUUCUUGCAUCAUCGCAAUCCUCAUCUUUUUGUCCGCCAUCCCGCUUGUGAAGAGCAGUGGAGCUCGCCUGAUGCUGAGCUUACCCAACGACCUCGAGUAUCGUGUUAGAAACACGUUGGGAGAGCUUGGAACCCUACGCGGAGUCGUUGGAUACGCAGUGCCGAAGUUUUGGCUCGAAGAUGAAGGUGCCGCGCAUGCUGAAGCGCAUGCCAAAGAAGCCGAUCAUGACUGCGGACACAACCACGCAGCGCACCCGCAGCGCGUCCUCGGCGUCAUCCACAUCAUCGCCUCGCACGCUGCAGACCUCGAAGACGUGCGGGUGCGCGCAGUCCAGUUCCUCAGAGACCGCGGCAUGGAGGUCGUUGUGCAUGUUGAGAAGGAAGGGGAAGGACGAUGUUGGUGCGGCGGUGGCGUGAAGGCGAAUUAA